AUGAAUAACAGCCAAAAGUCGGGUGAAAAGCCUAGAGGAAUUUUGGAGCGAUUGGAUGCUGGUGAAAUAGUGGUUGGUGAUGGUGGAUUUGUAUUGGCACUUGAGAAGAGAGGUUACGUGAAGAUGGGACCAUCAACUCCCGAGGCUGCAGUAGAACACCCAGAAGCAGUUCGUCAGUUACAUCGUGAAUUUCUCCGUGCUGGUUCUGAUGUUAUGCAAGCAUUCACUUUCUAUGCCAGUGAUGAUAAGUUGCAGAACAGAGGAUAUAUUAAUUCAAAGACAUUGACUAGCAAGGUUAUAAACACUGCAGCCUGCGCCAUAGCCAGGGAGGUGGCAAACGAAGGUGGUGCUUUGGUGGCUGGAGGCGUGUCACAAACACCAACAUAUCUCAGCGGUAAAGGCAAAGGAUUUACCCAGAAGGAGUUUCAGAAACAAAUGAGCGUAUUCAUGGAGAAUAAAGUAGAUUUCCUUAUAGCAGAGUAUUUUGAGCACAUAGAAGAGGCUGAAUGGGCAACAGAAGUAUGUAAAGCUACUGGUUUACCAGUUGCCACUACGCUAUGUAUAGGACCUGAUGGUGAUCUGCAUGGAGUGUCAACGGGUGAAUGCGCUGUCAGAUUAGUUAAAGCAGGUGCAGAUAUUGUAGGUAUUAAUUGCCAUUUUGACCCUACUACCAAUCUUGCUGCUAUACGUAAAAUGAAGACUGCCCUGGAUGCUGCCGGACUCAAAGUUCAUUUGAUGACUCAACCAUUAGCAUAUCAUACACCGGAUGUUAAUAAACAAGGAUUUAUUGAUCUACCGGAAUUUCCAUUUAGUUUAGAGCCACGUGUGUGCACACGUUGGGAAAUACAAGCAUAUGCACGUGAAGCUUAUAAAAUGGGCGUGAGGUAUAUUGGAGGUUGCUGUGGUUUCGAACCAUACCAUAUACGUGCCAUUUCUGAAGAAUUGGCACCAGAACGUGGUUUCUUGCCCCCAGGAUCUGAGAAGCAUGCCCCGUGGGGGGAUGGUCUUAGGCUACAUACCAAACCAUGGGUCAGAGCGAGAGCUCGCCGCUCUUACUGGGGGAAUUUGAAGCCCGCCUCAGGUCGGCCAUUCUCUGCGAGUUUAUCCACGUCAGAUAGCUGGGGUGUAACUGCUGGUGAUCAGGAGCUGGAACAGAAAACUGAUAGCACAACUGACGAAGAACUCAAGUCUUUAUUCUCUCAUUCCGAAAACUCGACAUAG